GGCACCGGGGAGAGGAGAGCGCACGGGGCGGAUACGAGCCGGAGACAUCCACGGGCACGGUUCCUGCACGCGUUCUCACAUCUUUGGAGUUGUACGUUUUGGUUUUUACUUCACGCACUUUUGGAAAUCAAUGAAGGAGAGACGGUCCUGUCAGAAAUUCUCACUCAAAUCCGCCAUGGAUCCGAGCCAAAGUGUGAAAUGUAAAAUCGUGGUGGUGGGAGACAGCCAGUGCGGGAAGACGGCGCUGCUUCACGUGUUCGCCAAAGACUGCUUCCCCGAGAGUUAUGUCCCCACGGUAUUCGAAAACUACACGGCUAGUUUUGAAAUCGACACACAGCGGAUCGAGCUCAGCCUAUGGGACACAUCAGGUUCUCCGUACUACGACAACGUCAGACCGCUCUCCUACCCCGACUCAGACGCCGUGCUCAUCUGCUUUGACAUCAGUCGGCCCGAAACUCUGGACAGUGUUCUCAAAAAGUGGAAGGGCGAGAUCCAGGAGUUUUGUCCCAACACAAAGAUGCUGUUGGUGGGCUGUAAGUCGGACCUGAGGACAGAUCUGAGCACGCUGGUGGAGCUCUCCAACCACAGACAGACCCCCGUCUCCUACGACCAGGGCUCAAACAUGGCCAAGCAGAUCUCGGCUCCGUACAUCGAGUGCUCCUCCCAACAGUCUGAAAACAGCGUCAGGGACAUUUUCCACGUGGCCACUUUGGCGUGCAUCAACAAAAACCACAAGAACCACAAACGGAGCAAGGCCUCUCGAUCCACCAAGAGGAUCUCGCACAUGCCCAGUAGACCCGACCUGGCUGCCGUGGCGACGGACCUGCGCAAGGAUAAAGCCAAAAGCUGCUCGGUCAUGUGACUCUCUAGACUCUCUCCGAUUGGAUGAUGGACGCAGGAAGUUGCUCUUGUGUUGAAUGCGUGCUUCCUGUGUAUCCUUGGACCCUUUUUCCGGGUUGUAGUAAGCUUCUUAAUAAAAUAAUUGUUACUGGAAUACGCAUGUCCCCGCGUCACGGACACGGUGGGAGAUGGUUGAAGAGUCGGGAAGUGCGGCCUUUCCGGUUGGGAUGUUGUCGUCAAGGAAACGAGCUAAUCCUAGCGAUGAUGUCAUGGAGGAUGUUGUUAACGAGACGGAUUGGGAACAAAAGCCAAAGUUGGGAUUUCGUAAGUGGAAAGGAGGCUCCUGCGGGAAGAGGAGCGAGCUGGAAAUGAGACUCGUGUUACAAUUUGUCACUGUGGUUUGAAAAUGGCUCCACUCGCUUCUUUUGAGUGGCGUUUGUUGGCCGUGUUUGUAUGAACCUUUGUAGCGCUGCGUUCAUGUGGGUUUCAGACAAGAGUACUUUAGGAUUUCAAAUAAAACUGGCUGCUAAAGGAAUUAUGUCAGAUGCCCUCCCCUGCCUAAACAAUGUAUGCAGGUUUAGGAGAGACAUAAGUAGCAUCCAGUAUUAAUCAAUAUGAGCAAAAGUGUCUAAACCAGAACUAAACCAGGACUAAGAUCUGAUCUAAACCUGGGCUAAACCUGGACUAGGACCUGCGCUAAAUCUGGACUAAAUCUGGACUAAACCUGGACAAUACCAGGACUAGGAUUUGAUCUAAACCUGGACUAAAUCUGGACUAGGAUCUGAUCUAAACCUGGACAAAACCAGAACUACGAUCUGAUCUAAACCUGGGGUAAACCUGGACUAAAUCUGGACAAAACCAGGACUAGGACCUGAUCUAAACCUGGACUAAAGCUGGACAAAACCAGGACAAAACCCGGACUAGGAUCUGAUCUAAACCUGGACAUAACCCGGACUAGGAUCUGAUCUAAACCUGGACUAAAUCUGGACAAACCCUGGACAAAACCAGGACUAGGAUCUGAUCUAAAGCUAAACAAUACUAGGACUAGGAGGUGAUCUAAACCAGGUCUAGGAUCUGAUCUAAACCUGCAUAAAACCAGGUCUAGGAAGUGAUCUAAACUUGGACUAAACCAGGACUAAACCAGUACUAGGAGCUGAUCUAAAUCUGGAUAAAAUCGGGACUAAACCAGGACAAAACCAGGACUAGGAGCUGGUCUAAACCUGGACUAAAUCUGGACUAAACCAAUGCAAAACCACGACAUAUCCAUGACUAGGAGCUGGUCUAAACCUGGACUAAACAAGGAUUAAACCAGGAUUAGGAUCUGACAUAAAUCUGUCCUAAACUAAGAAUACAAUGUUAUGUAAACCGGAUCUAAACCAGGACUACUUGUGACGCCUUGUAGCUUUAUUUCAGACAGUGGUACUUUCAAGUAUUACAAAUUAAAGUGACAAUUUAAGACAAUUGCAGCCUUCUUAAGCACUCAAAACAACAUAAUUUUUCCGGAUUAUCUGAGGACCCCAUGAACGCAGCGUGUUGUCGGUAUAAUGUGAAGUCAUUGGUGUAAGUGUAGCAUUGCCUUUUCCGUUUUUGAGUUUUUAAAGCUAAAUACUAGCCUUGUUUUCUACCCUGUUUUUCACCUCAGCCGCCGACGAUGCUAAAUCACUCUCCAAAGAAAUUUAAAGGUCCACUGCGUAACUUUUCUGGUGGAGUUUUCACCAUCUGCUUGUCUGUUUUGCCAUGAUUAAUCCACAGUAUAGAAAUAAACACAAUGGAGCCAGGUUAAUCAGUCAGAUCUAUGGAGAAGCGAGCCUGCACAUGGUAAAAAUUCAUGUUUUUAAGGUAUUUUUGAGCUUUAAAACACCUGUAAAUGACUAAAUGUAAAGUAAAGCUGUUUAAUGUCAUACUGUGGAACGUUCUAGACAAAGAAAUGGCACAAACUAGGGCUGCUCGAUUAUGGAAAAAAUCAUUAUCGCGAUUAUUUUGGUCAAUAAUGAAAUCACAAUUAUUCAAACAAUUAGUUUUUAGUUACAAGAUGCAUUUAUUCAGCAUUUCCCUCUCAAAAAAACCCCACUUUGUUAUUCAUAAUUUACGCAAAACUUUGAAAUUGAAGACAAAUCUAGGUUACAAAUAUGUAUCUUAGAGCUGCAGAAAAUGAAUAAAAUAAACUUUGACCAUGAAAUGAGGCAUAGAAAAACAUAAAUGUAUCCAAAAUAAACUAUAUAUCCAGCUGUUCUACAAUCUCUGUAUUUAAAAAUGAAAUAGAUUUACUUAUUUAUAUAAAAAUAACCCUCCAAAAAAAUCUAAAUCGUGAUAAAAAUUCAAUUAAUCGCACAGCUUUAGCACAAACAAGCACCUUAGAAGUUACGCAGUGCAUCUUUAACGAUAGCAGCAUCGUGACCGCUUUCUCCUCGUCUUGAGUUUGAUUUAGGGCGAAUAAAAUAAAAUAAAAUUCAAGUUGGCUGCUGCUGGCGAUCGGCUAAUGUCCCUGCUUGAACCAAAUUAUAGCUAUUAUCUCUUCGCUGGACAUAAAACAGAUCAAAUUGCUGACUAUAUCUUUUUUAAAUAGGCCCCGUGGUGAUUUUAAAAAGCUUUAGUCGAACAUAAAAAAGGUUAAAGGUGCACUGUGUAACUUUGCUUUGUCUAGAAUGUUCCAUAGUAUGACACUUUACAUUUAUUCAAUUACAGCUGGUUUUAAAGCUCAAAAAUACCUAGAAAAACAAACCAGAUUUAAUCCCGAACUGCGAAACAUUCCAGACAAAGCACCAGCAUCUCCAAGGAGAAAAGCGCUUGACGUGCCCUUCGCUUGAAAAGUUACGCAAUUAACCUUAUAAAGAGGAAGGAUAUCUCUCUAGAGUUAUGAAUCAUCGUUUUCCUGAUUGUAAAAGGCCUGCCAACAGAUUUUUGGCUCCGAAACGUGUGUUGAAAUCUCCUUGUUUGAACUAAGGCUUAAAACGGUUGACAAAGAGGAGUCUCCUUUUCCGGUGGAUUUCUGUGGAAUUUGCUGGCUAAACAAAACACGCUUGAAUAACUGGAAUACUUACGGAAUUGAAAGUCGACAAAAAAAUAUGUCGCAAAUGUUUUGUUUUGUUUUUCAGCAAGUUCUCUCAAUGUUAUGCUUUUUUUCUGUUAUGUUAUGUUAUAAUGUUUCCUCAUCACAAACAGACCUGGAGUUGUGUUUUGUUUCAUUCACACAUUUUUAACACACAAAUCCUGCUUUUUUAGGCUGAUACACUCUGUUCCACCUUGUGAUGUCAUGUGGUAAUAAUACAGGAAGAGCUCCAGUGUGUUUUUAAACUUCACACACCUUCACUAGAAUCAUUUGGAUGAUUUCAGAUCUAGAGUUGGGUAUCUUUAAGAAGUUGCCGAUACGAUACAUAUCUUGAUACAUUGAGCUUUCGAUUCAAUACGAUACAUUUCAAAAUGAUUUGAUACGGUUCAAUAAAAAUAAAGACUACUAAGAGUCUUUGUUGAACCACUUCUUGUGCAAAGUUAGUAUGAAAAACACCCAUUUUAUUAAUCAAAACAGUGAAAAUGUCAAAUGUGUCGCAUAAACAACUUUCCCUCCUUUAAACAAGCAACAAAACUUGUAGCUCUGUAACAAAAUAAUUUAGUCAAAUAUACCAAAAAUUACUCUUAGUGAUAUAUCGAUACAGCAGCCCAUGAUAUUGAUACUGUAUGAUCACAUUAAACAAUACGAUAUAUCGAUAUUUCCAUAUUUUUGCACAGCCCUAUUCAGAUCUGGAAUUGCCAGUCUCUACUAAACAAAAGUUAUAAGUUAGUUGUUAACUUAAAAACUACCACUACAUGACAUCACAAGGUGGAACAGGGCAUUUUGAGCUUUGGAGAUGCAGACAGACUAAUAAUAAAGAGUAACUCAAUGUGAAAAUGAAACAAAACACAACUCCAGGUCUGUUUUUGAGGAGGUAACAACAUGACUUAAAGCUCAAAAAGAAUCAAAUCUAUAACCAUCUGAAAUUAACAAUAAAUAUUUGAAUUCUUUUAUGAAAAUAAUUAUGAAAAUGACCAAAUUCUAAUCAUCCACCAGAAAAGCCACUAUCAGUAUUAAGAUUGCAACUCCAAAAUGCCCUUCAAACAAAACCAAACUGUUAUAAAACUGUCAAAUUCUUCAUAUUAUUUUCUUUCCUGACAGUCCAAUUCAAAACAUGUUCAAAAAUCGAAAUUACGAUGCACUUUUGUUGUCUCUCCCCGUUCAGCCGUGUAAAUGUCAUUGGCGUCAUGUUUGGCAGGUUACGCCCACAUCUCUUCUUCUCCUGUCUGCUCCUGUCUGCUCCUGUCAUUCUGAAAUGUCUUUGUUGUCUCCAUAUUUAUUGAGUCCUAUGUUUUUGUCCCUUUAGAAUAAAGACAAAUUGAUUCGAAA